AAAAUAAGUAAAAAAACAAAAUAAACGGAAUGACCGAAUCACUAAAGCGAAAUUAUCGUGUAAGCGAGGAGUUAGGAAGGGGACGAUUCGGCGCCGUUUACAAGUGUUACUCGGCCGCGACCGGCGACCUAUUCGCCGUCAAGUCCAUCGACAAGCGCCUCAUCGCCGAUGACUCCAUCGACCGGCAAUGCCUUUACAACGAAGCUAAAAUCAUGCACUUGCUUUCGCCGAAUCCUUACGUUGUUCGUCUCUUCGAUGUCUACGAGGACGAUACUCACCUCGAUAUGGUUUUAGAGCUGUGCAACUCCGGCGAUUUGUUCCAACGCCUCAGUAGCCAACCAGUUUUCCCCGAGUCCGAAGCCGUUGAUGUUAUGGUACCACUGAUGAAGGCAAUAGCGCACUGUCACCGGCUCGGCAUUGCUCACAGGGACAUCAAACCGGAUAACAUUUUGUACAACAACUCAAACGAGCUGAAAUUGGCUGAUUUUGGUUCGGCUGAGUGGUUCCGUGAGGGGCAGCUGAUUAGCGGCGUGGUAGGGACACCGUAUUACGUGGCGCCGGAGGUUUUAGCUGGUAGGAACUACAGUGAGAAGGUUGAUAUUUGGAGUGCUGGUGUUAUUAUGUAUAUAAUGCUUGCCGGACUCCCGCCUUUUUAUGGGGAAUCGGCUACGGAGAUCUUCGAGGCUGUUCUCAGAGCGAACCUUAGGUUUCCGACUAAGAUCUUUCAGUCAGUGUCGCCGGCUGCGAAGGAUUUGCUUCGGAGAAUGCUCUCUAAAGAUGUUUCUAGAAGAUUCACUGCUGAACAAGUCCUUAGUAAGUGGCACCCAUGGAUGACUGGCAAUGGAGAAACUAGAACAGUUGCACUAUUUUAGCUUGAGGAGAUUUGCGUCUGCCGAUAAAAAAUCAUACAAACCCGAUUUUUGGGUACGUAAAGAUCAGCAGCCGCAUAUGAGAGCAAUCUGUUCGUCUAGAUAGAAUUAGUUACUCCUAUAGUAAAUACUAGUACUACUCCAGUUACUGUAUAGCCACCAGCCUAGUAAUUAACUAGUAACUACCUACCUACCUAAUUAUCUUUGUGGGCUUCCAUCUGCGUGAACUAACAAUUAAUACUUGCGAGGUUUGGAUGCAAUUUUCUUGUAAAAAUUGCACGGGGCGCCCUAUUUCGGUGCCCCUUUUAACCUGUAGCCGCUUUGUCUUUCUA